AUGGAUGCGCAAGUUGUUGUGUCGUUACUGAUCCUUUCAUUCGUCAUCUGCGGUGUCGUAUACGACGUUGAGUUGAGUCCACAGGGACGAUUACUGCACUCAAAAAGCUAUCGAUGGCGACGCUUGCAAAAUUGGUUUCCAUUGGGUGUAGCCUAUGCUUCUUUUUACAUGGCUCGAUACAAUGUAUCUGCUGGUAACGUUACGCCAGUCCGCAGCCAGCUUGGCUUCACAUCGUCCUACAUGGGCUGGGUAUUAUCAGCUGGAUCGUGGACAUAUGCCAUCAGCUCACCUAUCACUGGACAGAUCACCGAUCGCAUAGGGGGCAAAAAUGGCAUGCUCGUUGCGUGCAUAGGGGCAGCAGUGUGCAAUUUGGCACUCGGGCUAGUCUUUCUCCGAGACGAAUCCCAUCGCACUACGCAAAUUCUUUUUAUUGUGUUUUAUGCAAUUAAUGUGCUGAUGCAAGGAUUUGGAACUAGUGCUGUCGUAAAGAUCAAUGCGGCGUGGUAUGUGGCUAGCGAACGUGGAAUGUUUGCCGGUGUCUUCAACGUAAUGUUGACAAGCGGAUACUAUUUAUCACUCGGGACAGGAAAUAGCAUUAUUGAGUCGUUGGGCUGGGCGUACGUGUUCAUCAUUCCAGGAGGAGUGCUUCUACUCAUGUCGAUAAUCAUUGCGUAUUUUGUAAAGAGUUCACCUGCUGAAACGACACACCUUCUAGCUGACCAACUACCGACGUGUUCGGCGCAAAAUGAGCCUCACUGUAUGUCUUUGGGAGAAGACGUCGAGCAAGAGAUUCUUACGCCAAAGCAGCAGAUGAAACAGCUCCUACAAAAUUUCACUUUCCUUGGAUACCUCGCUUCUUUAUUUUUCCUCUGUUGGGCUCGCGACGGGUUUCUUAACUGGUUCCUCUCUUUCUUCGACGACGUGCGCGACACCCUCUUCAACUCAGAUCGAGUUAAACCCAUUUUUAUCUUCUCGAUGCUGCAGGCAAUCGUUCUUGCAGUCAUUUACCUCGUGAGCGCAUCGUGCGGUGUAGCGACAUUGGGAGCUCUCACUUUCCUCUCGAGUGUAUUUAUACUUGGUAACUAUACGCUGCUGAGCUACACAGUGCCAACGGAUCUACCUCAGGAAAUUGCUGCAGGAGCUACAGGUAUCAUGCACGCGGUCGGGUAUUUCUCGACAGGUCUAUCCAGUGCCGUCAUGGGCAACGUCAUUGGCACCGCAGGCUACCUCGUGUGGGCAAAGUCUCUUGUUGUGGCGUCUGUACUUUCGGGCAUAUUUGUUAAACUAGGGUCUCACUUUGCUAAAAAGAAUCACGUGACCAAGUCCACACAUCAGCCAGCACCAGCCACACAGACGAUCGAUUCGUCGAGCGAUACGUCCGUCGCCUCAUGUGAAGACGAUUUUAUUGUAAUGGAGACGCCCAAACCUGCAAAGACCCUCGACGACUUGCUGCACUCUUGA